AUGACAUUCCUUGAUCUAGCUCAGAACAUGUUCUCCGGGAUCCUACCGGAGUGGAUCGGGAGCAAAUUGCCAUCCUUGACGCAUCUUCGGUUGAGAUCAAACAUGUUCACUGGUAACAUCCCUACUCAGCUUGCAGAGCUUGGUGAUCUGCAGCUCUUGGACCUAGCCGACAACAGGAUAUCAGGCUACAUACCUAGUUCUCUUGGAAACAUGACCGGCUACGGCGCAUCGGGGAACGAUCGGAUUGUGGACAGCCUUCCAAUUGUGACAAAGGGACAAGAUCGUGGGGUUAUCUACAUGGUGAGCCUUGAUCUUUCGGACAAUGUUCUCGACGGAGAGAUCCCGGAGGAGCUUUCUGCUCUCACAGGAUUGGUGAACCUGAACUUGUCCAGGAACCACUUGACUGGGACAGUCCCAUGGUACAUUGGUGCUAUCAAGAAGCUCGAGUCCCUCGGCUUGUCGAAGAACAUGCUCUCCGGUGGUAUUCCAUCUAGUCUAUCAGACUUGACUCACUGA